AUGCGUCCAUUCCAGAGAAGUCACUCUUCACAAAAUGUCAUAUCCGAACCCUUCGUCACCGUUACACCAGAAUUAAACAACCGACCACCUCGACGACGUAGGAGACCUCCAUUUUCUUACUCCUCAUUAAUCGCUCAAGCUAUUUUGGAUUCGCCUGACAAAAGGUUAACCCUGCGCGAGGUUUAUCAGUGGAUAAUGGGACGCUAUCCACAAUUGUACAAAGCGGAUGACACCGGCUGGCAGGUUCCUCGGUCGGAUACCGAGCUAGGUCAUUCGACGUCAUCAUCCGCAGCUAGUAAAGGUAAAGGGGGUUAUUGGACCAUUGAUCCCGAAUACAUGUCAGCAUACCACGAUGGAGUUUUCGCAAGGGGUGGUGUGCAAAAACGAAGGCCUGGUGAAGUUGGCUUACAUCCAGGAAUAAGUGGCAACGUAGGAAUGGGUGAUGAUGAUAGCGGUGGUAGCGAUACCUCUCCUCCUGAUAAUAUGGCUGGAAGAUUAGUUGAUGUGGAAGAGGAUGGGGAAGGCGUUGGUCUUCACCAUAAUCAUAACAAUAAUAAUUAUCACCAGAUUCAUCACAGCGGGAUACCACCAUUACAACUAGCGAUGCCAUCGGCAAAUAUACCAUCGUCAUUAAUGACCCCUCCACCUACUGCAUCGACUUUGAUGCCCAACAAAAGCAAAUCCGGCAAAAUGUUUUAUAAGAGGCACUCUCCGGAAUCUAAUUUUACUCCUGUUUCCCCAAACCUUGCUGGUACUAAUGGAACGGGUUCCGGUAGAUACGAAGUGUUUCACUUGGCGGAUGCAAAUAAUUCUCUGAGAGAACGCAUGUCAAUGGAUGAUGGCCAACAUUCGAACAGGGAUCUACCUCCUUAUUCGGUUGCUAAUGGGGGAGGGCCUAGCUCAGAAUGGAAUAUGAGUGUUAAAAGGGAAACCAAUAUGAGUAUGGACAUUGAUCAAAAGGACGACGUCCGUUCAAAUCACUCAUCUCCUUCGAGUAUAUCUUAUCACUACGGAAAUCAUCCCAUCAAACCGGAAAGAAGUGUCUCGCGGGGCAUGAUUGAUGUUAAGAGAGAAGAGAAUUCUCCAUAUUCACAUAUAAAGUCUGAAGUCGAGGAUAGGCCUUAUGCUAGCAUAAAGCGUGAGGAGGCUUCGUCGUUACCGAAUUCAUCUUUUCUAGGCUCUUCGUCGAUGAAAAUCCGCGAUUUGUUGAAUUGA